CGUGGUAAAAAAGUCUCAUUAUCUCGUCAUUUUUUUGGUGUCAUUACAUUUCAGUAUUCCCUACUGUAAUUUGUAAACCAGGGGUAUCCGGAGUCUAACCUCAGUUCUGGAAUUGAGCAAAUCUGGUCUGCAAACAUAGCUUUUUGAUGGAGAUGUACACUUUUCCAUCUUUUAGGGCUUUUUUUCCACAGAUAUGCAAGUAAUAUUUUCUCAGAUUUUCUUAAAUGGUCAAUGCAAAUGAUGGUCAGUAUAAUUUUCAAGUCAUGAAAGGAAAUCUUGCAAGAUCUUCCUUAUGUUCUGUAUCUGCAAUUAUUUACUGAUCCUUUUUCUGUAUUUAAAUAAAAAUGUAAAAUUAUGUUUAUUACUGAGUGGAAGCAGGAGUACCUGGAGAGAACCCACACAUGCACAGAGAGAACAUGCAGGAAGACUCUGCCUGGGAUUUGAACCCAGGACUUUUUUGCUGAAAGGCUGUGAUCAGUAGUAAAGGUUAAUAAAAGCUUCACUACAAUUGGUUUCAGUAAAUUUGAUUAAACCAAAUCAAAACAAAUGAAAGCAAUUUCAGAUUUUACAAGGGAACCAUUUACUAUCUGGUUUCCACUUUACAGCAGCCAACUGUACAGGGUAUCGGCCACAUAAAACGGUGAUUGUGGUCAUAAUGUGACCAAGAUCAAGACACAGCGUAACUUUGCAGAAGGUUCUAGUGGUACGACUCGUUCUAUAACCGCUUCACAUUCUCUGUAGGAGGAAAAUAAGAAGCGAAUUAGUUCACUGUGGGUUAAAGUUUCUGGAAUUUACUGUCUUGCCCAAUAAUCCUCUGCUUUCCACGUCUCAGGAUUCUGAUUUCCUCCUGCCAGUCACACUCCAGUCUGAACAAUGGUUAGAUCUGGUCAUAAGACUUCUUUUUAUGAAACAUUGGUGGGAAAUCUGCAGGAGUUGUUUCUGAAAUACAAACCACUCUGACAUGAUGUACUUGACUAAAGAGAGGAUUUAGGUGAAACAUGAGUCACAGAUUGCACUGCUUGCACUCUGCUGUUGCUGUUUACAGCUGAACUGGAUUUCGCUCUCCCUCUGUGUGUCUCCCCCGUCCUCCUCACAGCGAGCCAGGCUCCCUACUUCCUGCGCCGCUGGCUCAUUAACCCAAUACUCAUUAAUUUAUGUGGUGCAAUUAGGAUGACAGAUCAGCAUUGGUUUGGGGUUGUAGGAAGGGCUCUCACAUGCUGGAAUCACAUUCAACCAUAUUAUUAAUACAACUGCAUGUAUAAAGUGAUCACACUUCUUUAACGUUUCCAUAUUUUGCUACUUUCUAGCCACAAAGUUGAGUGUGUUAUAUAAUAGACCAAAACAGAGUAGAAGAAACUGCAUUUCAGUCAACUUUACUCUUAAUUCCACCUGAAUAAAAUCAAAUGCAUUCAGAAGCCUCCUAAUUUAUAGAGUUAAUCUGUAUGUAUUCUAUUCUCUGUAUAACCCAUCUGUUCUUUUACAGUCUCAGAGAUUUGUCAGAAAAUAUUAAUGAACAAACGGCAUCAGAUGGAUCAUAGGUUAAAGAUGUGGAGACGUUUAAAACAGGAACAAGUUAUACAACAACUCUUUUAUCCAAAAAUAGAAUGGCACAGAAAGAGCUGGCCACUUAUGUUAGCCGACAGAGAAGGAGCCUGGAGUCUGGAGAAGCUCAGGUUUGAGAUUUAAGUUGACAAGAUAAUUAUUAUUCCUGCAUUCUCCAAAUCUGGUCCUCAUGGAAGAGAAAAACGCAGAAAAUAUGUGGAAUAAAAUGCUCUGGUCAGAUGAGACCAAAAUGUAUCUUUUUGUGCCUCACUAUAAACACACCAUGCCUGCAGUGAAACAUGGCGAUGGCAGCAUUAUGCUGUGGGAAUGCUUCUCUGCAGCAGGGCCAAGUGAAACUGAUCAGAGUUGAUGGGAAAAUGAUGGAGCUAAAAAUACACAACAAUUGAGCAAUGCUUCUUCUCUCUCCUUUGCUAAUAUGCUAGCUAUUGUCUUUGGUUCUAGUGUCCUACAGUUCUUGUGAAAUGUUUGUUAUUUUUGUAAUAAAGGGGAAGCUAGAUAUCAUUUACAUACUUGAAGUAAGUAAUAAAAAACAUCCCAACAAUAUACAUACAGCCAAAGGUACAAUAAAAUAGUUUAGCUCAAAGCAUCUUCACCUGUUAGAAUGUCCAAUUGAAAAUCUGUUGCAAGACUUUAAAAUGUUAAAUUAUUCUGCUUUUUAUCUGGCUAUUUUUAUAGAGGGAUGGGCAAAAAUGUCCAUCUAUAGACGGGUAAAAAUAAAACUUACAGAUGCACCAAAUACAAACUCAGUAGGUGACAUCGAUAUAAAUACAUGCCACGUUUUUCAGAUUUUUUCCCAGCUGUACCAGUAUGUGCUAUUUUCUGCUGGUCUGCCCCAUAAAGUCCCAGUAGAAUAGCCUGAAGUUUGAGUGUAAAUUCCUCUGCAGGACUCUCUCUCUCUCUCUCUGCUUUCCCAGAGAUUUAUCUUCUAAUACUCUGCUGGAUUUUGUUAGGAUCUUGAUUUGGCAACAGAUUCCUUCUCACUGCUGUUACAAGCAAACUGAACAUCUGCUGUUUUGGCUUUGUUUUCGGGUGAGAUGUAACCCAGACGAACAAACUGGGCAUCUUCCUGCUUCCUCCACUCCAUUUUCUGGUGGGUUACCACAUCCUACGCGACUCUUCGGCGAAACCCAGCCCCUCUUCCCGUCUCGCUGCCCCUUAUUGCCUGUAUGUUUGUUAGAGCUAAUUAAAUGAAACCACCAGAGGGAGCCAAGAUGGCCCCUGAGGGUUCACAAGCAGCUCAGCAGCUCAUCAAUCUGGCAAGCAGGACCUGGUGAAAUGUAAUUCGGUUUGUCUGAGUGUGGAGAGCUGGAUGUGAAGACAUAUGAAGCAGGAAGUGGCAGCGCCCCACCUUGCUGCCUCGCUGCCGGCAGCAUCAUGAUGAGCAGCAGGAAUUUCCCUGACACCUUAUCCACACGCUUUAGGUGAUUCCUCCUUAGUGUGAGAAUGCUCGCUGUUGCACGGUGAUGAGUUGUUUGUAGCUCCACCAAACUCAUCUCCUCAUAUUUGAUGAUUAAAAAAAAAAAAAAAGAUGCUGUUGGAUAUUUUACAGAUCUCGAGGGGGAAAAGUGUGAUGCGGAUUUUGUUAUUUUUCAGGUCUGAAAAUGUAUAGAAAAAGAAGAUAAUCUGGAAAAAAAUAGCGCUUAUUAAUUUUAGUAAACACUAAACGUGGUGCCCUCUCCUCCAUUUUGUUUUUCCUGUUUUCCUUCCUUCCCUCCGUCAUACCUGUUUCUCUUCUUGUUUUGUUUCUUGUGUCCUACCUCCUUUCCUUCUUUUUGUUAAAUAUUUCCUUCCUUCCUCCUUUUAUAUCCUUACUUUUGUUCCUCAUUGUUCCUUGGAUCCCUCCUUACAUAUUUUCAUCGUUCCUUCCUUCAUUCUUACUUUCUUCAUCUGCACAUCCUUCCCAAACUAGUGAACUAUAAUAUCUUACAUUGAACAUAAACACAGAUGCACGUAAAUGUUUGGAAACAUUUUAGAUGAAAAAUGUUAAGAAACCAAUUUGUGAUCCAAAUGGCAUCAUGGAAUCUGGAAAAAAAAACUAAUUUCAAUGCAUUUUUUCUAAUAAAAGAGAAAAACGUAUUGAGAGUGCUGCUUUUGCAUUAAUUGUAAUGAUGUUCCCUGCUGUCUGGAUUGAGGUCAAAGAAAAUACAGCUAAGCCAAAGCACUUUUGCCAGUAUUAAAGUAUUAACAGAGAGCAGAAAGGAAAAUCAGCCUCUGAAAUUAAACCGCUCUCUUUUCGUUUUAAAGGAGUCUUGCAUUUCUUUUAAUGAUAUAAGUGUUGUAUAAUUAUUUAAGCUUAAAUAAAGUUGUUUUUUACCUGAAGAAAAGGGCUGCAGGUCGCCUAUAAUCCCAAAACCAAUGUUCUUUGUUGUUGUUUGGUGGAAUCCUGUCAUCUGAUUGGUUGGAGGCAGAUUAGUUUGAGGGUCUACUGUAUAGCUGCGCGCCAUAUGAGGAGUGAGUGAGCGAGGGAGGAAAGGAGAAGGAAAUACUUUCUCUUCACUCUUUUCUCACUUUGUCACUUUGGGAUGGACUUCCAGCUGAGGUGAGGUGACGUUAAAUAACGAUUCAGGAUUCAUUUACUGGAAACAUUAGCGUUUCUUUGUGAUUGGUUAUAUAGUGGGAUUUUUUUGUGAAAAUAUAACAUCGUAAUGAUUAUUUAGUUACAAUUCUUUACUUCCUAUCAGUGUGUUAUGAAUCAUGCAAUAUCUGUAAUUCAAUAUCUGUAAUUCAUAUAUUAACAGUUUAGUGGAGUUGACUGUCUUUGAGGUAAAAUGCUCACUUGAUUUCGAGGAUUUCUGCUUAUUCUCCUUACUGUUCAUGUCUCUGUUGUAGAUGAACUGUGAGCAGCCAGCUGGUGGCUGAGGCUUAGAGAGCGGCUGGCAUCACAAAGACGCACAUUUUCAGUCUGGCUCCGUGAACCUGCACACUUGUUUUUCUUUCUUUCUUUUUUUUUGCUCUGUUUUGUUGUUAUAUUGUGGGGAAAGAAAUAUGCCUGGGUGAUAAUUCUGACCCGUUCAUGUGCAGUAGCUCAGCUUUCGUCAGGGCGGAGCUAGCCAUGGAAACCCCGGCGUGGCUGGAAUGUUUUACUCGCUCGAGGCGAAAACACGGGCGGCCACGCCUUUUUCGCCUCUUGACACCUUUCCGGCAAGUCCGCUGUUACCCCGAGAAAGCGCCGCCUCAAAGGCAAUUCCCUCGCAUCAACGGUCACUCUAAAUCCGAGCGCACCGCCAGGGACUCGGCCAUGGGUUACGACAGCGCCUCGGUAAUGAGCAGCGAGCUGGAUUCCAGCUCAUUUGUUGACAGCGAGGAGGAUGAGGAUGCCAGCAGGCUCAGCAGCUCCACAGAACAAAGUUCUUCUUCGCAGCUCAUGCGCAGACACAAGCGGCGCAGACGGAGACACAAAAUGGCCAAGAUAGACCGGUCUUCAUCUUUCAGCAGUAUCACAGACUCCACCAUGAGCCUCAACAUCAUCACCGUCACACUCAACAUGGAGAAAUACAACUUCCUGGGCAUCAGUAUUGUAGGCCAGAGUAACGACCGGGGAGAUGGCGGCAUUUACAUCGGCUCCAUCAUGAAGGGAGGAGCCGUGGCUGCUGACGGCAGAAUAGAACCAGGAGACAUGCUCCUGCAGGUAAAUGAUGUGAAUUUUGAGAACAUGAGCAACGAUGACGCUGUGAGGAUCCUGAGAGAAAUCGUUUCUAAGACUGGCCCUAUUAGUCUCACUGUUGCCAAAUGUUGGGAUCCGUCUCCGCGGAGUUACUUCACCAUCCCUCGUGCGGAGCCAGUGAGACCCAUCGACCCUGCAGCCUGGAUUUCUCACACCACAGCGCUGACGGGACCUUUUCCACAUUACGAAUUUGAUGACCUGCCCCUGUCUGUUGGUAAAACAGACAUGGCAACCAUUGUGAAGGUGAUGCAGCUGCCUGACUCUGGCCUGGAGAUACGCGACAGGAUGUGGCUGAAGAUCACCAUCGCCAAUGCCGUCAUAGGUGCUGAUGUGGUGGACUGGCUUUACUCCAGAGUGGAGGGCUUCAAGGACCGGCGAGAUGCAAGGAAGUACGCGAGCAGUCUGCUGAAACAUGGCUACCUGAGACACACCGUCAACAAAAUCACCUUCUCCGAACAGUGCUACUACACAUUUGGGGACCUCUGCCAAAACAUGGCGUCACUCAAUCUGAAUGAGGGAUCCAGUGGCGGAGGCUCUGAGCAGGACACGUUGGCGCCGCUACCUCCCACCACCAACCCCUGGCCUCUUGGCGGGCAGCCGUUCCCCUACCCUCCGUUUCCGUCGGCGCCCCCCUGCUUCCCGCCGGGAUACUCCGACCCGUGCCACAGUUUCCACAGCGGGAGCGCCGGCAGCCAGCACAGUGAGGGAAGUCGAAGCAGCGGAUCGAACCCCAGCGCAGGCAAAGACAGACGCUCCCCGCAGGAGAAGGCUCAGAGGACGACGUGCUGCGAGUCGGAGUCGGGCGUCCGCGGAGCGAGGCGGGGCGACCGCUCCGCCAGCCAGAUGAGCCACCACAGCCACGCCAGGUCGAGCCUGAGUCACAGCCACUCGCACAGGAGCCACUCGCUGUCCCAGAGCAACCACCCCUCCUUCGGCUACAGCCACACCCCCUUCACGCAGGCGGGGCCGGGCUCCUGUGCGCAGAGCGAGCGGAGCCACGCCUCCUCCUACGGACCUCCUGGCUUGCCUCCCCCUUACUGUCUAGCUCGCCUCGCCCCCAAACCCUCGGUGAGCAGCAGCACGCCCCCCGGAGCGCCGCCGGGGAGAGAGCUGGCGUCCGUUCCCCCGGAGCUCACCGCCAGCCGCCAGUCGUUCCAGCACGCCAUGGGCAACCCCUGUGAGUUUUUUGUGGACAUCAUGUGA